AGAUAUUGGCAAGGGAUUGACUUUUAUUCAACAACUAAAUUAGCAAGUCAAGACAAAUUAUUAAAUAAUGUCUUUGUUUAGUGCCUUAGGCUUAAUGGGAGGCACUGGAGGCUUUGAAGAGGAUCCAUUUUUUGGAUCGGCAUCUGGAAUGAUGCGGCAGAUGGAUUCCAUGAUGUCCUCUAUGAUGAGGUCGCCCUUUGGUGGUGACCCAUUUGGGUCUAUGAUGAGUGGCCCAAUGAUGGGAAUGAUGAGACAGCCACAGCAGCAACAAUAUCAUUUACCCGUCAUGGGAAGCCACAUGAACAACAUGAAUUCACUCAGCCUCAUGGCCAACCCUAUGUCCAUGAUGAAUAACCUCAUGGCUAAUAUGGAGCAUGUGCAAGGUGAGAGCAACACGCAGGUGUUCAGCAGCUCUUCAGUCAUGUCCAUGACCAUGGGGCCGGAUGGCAAGCCACAGAUCAAGAUGGCAAACAAGAGUGAUGGUGCUCGCAACGUGACGCGUUUUGUGGGUGGUCGUGGCAAGGUUUACCAAGAAAGUUCAACGGUGCGCGGAGGCCCUGGUGGUGUGCGUGAGACACAGCGCUCUGUGGUGGACACCUCCUCUGGCACACGCAAGCUCGCCAUCGGCCACCACAUCGGCGAGCGCGCCCGUAUCGUCGAAAGAGAGCAGAACCGCGACGGCGAAGAAGAGAACGAGGAACUUCUCAACCUAGAUGAGAGUGAGGCAGACGAGUUUGAACGCGAAUUCCGUCGUGUGGCCAGCAGCGGCGUUCAGCGUCGCGCAGCUAUAGAGUCGGGGCGCGUGGGGGGCAGCCGACGUGCCGUCACGCCCCUCGCUAUCGAGGCUCCACCGGCGACCGCGACCUCUCGCCCAGGCACGGACCGCCACGUGGACUUCAGUGAGACUCGAGGCCACGACACCAGCGACCGCUACAACCUAGAGCGCGUGCCCAUCGGCCGCAAGUCUGGCAUCGACGUAUCGAACUUUGACCGUCGGCCCUCGGACCGCUUGAGUGGAGAGCGCUUCGAGUAUCACCGCCCCAACACCAGCUACACUCCGGCCCCUACCAGCUACACGCGCCCCAGCUCAUACAUGCCCUCCGUCAGCUCCCGCUCGUACCGCACCAGCGGGCUGGGCCGCCCCCUCAGCUCCUACUCUGGCCGCCACUACAACAGCGGACGGGAGGGUAGAGGCGCGCACCCGUCUAGGAGUCACCGCCGCGCCGGCCCCUACGACCAGUGAACGGCACCACCCGACCUCCCCUCCCCCCGUGCUCACCACCCCUCUGCUGCUUCUUAAUUCUCAUGCCAUUUCUGAAAUAUUUAUAUUUUUUGUUUUAUUCCUUAUUCUUAACCGUGCUGACCCUCUCUUCUUAUUAAUAUUUUGUGUAUUUUGCUGUCAUCAGUUUAUCCUCUAGAUUCGUCCUAUGAUUGACUACCACAUCUCGUAUGUGUUCUCUGUCUCAAUUCUAUUCUUUCUCUUCCAUUAUAGUUUCUUUUAUGAAUUUCAUGCUAUACACGGCUAAAACCAUGACCUACUAAAUUUUCAUAGUUUGCAUUUCAAAUAAUACUAUUUCAAAUAAUACAAAUGCAUUUCAAAUAAUAUUAUUUGAAUAAAUAAUAUUCAAAUAAUACGAUCUAAUAAUGACAAUUUUGUAAUCUCGAGACGUUAGACUGGCAAAUCUAUCGUGUCUUUUUUGCUCCUGGAUCUCAAUUAUUAGAGAGCUUAUGCACUUACACACUAUCGGGUGUCAUAUAGGUAUGUUCUUUCGUGUACUUCUAAAUGCAUUAACUUGAAAUCUAGGUUACUAUUAUUCAACUAAGUAAAUCCUUACUGAUUUAUGUUAAACUGGAUUCUAACGUUGACCUCUUCUCAGCCAAAGCUAGUUCUAGGGAAGUAAACAUCAUUGAUACAGAUUUAGAGCCAGAUUGUGGAUAUGAUGACUGUGUCGUGAGUUGUUGACAUCAGAAAUUAACGUUCAACGUCUGUGGUUGACAGGACUUAGGUAACAGCGAUAAGCCUAUUAAUACAAGGCGUCGUAAUUAUUAAUCAUGAUACUUUAUGUGUAAGUGUAGGAGAACUGGAUUCAACUGUCUAUUAUUAUUAAAAUCUAUUGUUCUGCAUGGUUAUUUUACGGAGUUAUUAUGUACGAAUACUUGAUUAUUCUAUUCUAGCUUGUUUUGAAUCUCAAAAUCAAACAUAAUGAUUCGAGCUCAGGGUUUGUGUCCUGUGUGUCGAUGCGGCAGUUAGGUUGUUUUACAUACACGUUUGCUUGUUAUGCUACGAUACACGGCUUCCUGUUAUUUUACGAAUAAUACGAAUAACGACGGACUAUACAGUCUGAAAUAAGUUUUUUUUUUGUUCUUUUAUUUGCUGUGACGCUGUAAGGUUCUUAGGUACAGGCGAGAAAUGGAAGACCUAGCCAUUCACUUGUGCAUUGAUGCCCCCCAUGCGACAUCAUCAACGUUAUUAACACGAUCACUAUCUGUUCAUUUAGUUCUGUAAGCUUCUCUUGCGUCGUAUGACGAGACGAACUAGGUUUUCAAUGCAGUGAUUAUGUAUAUUUUUGAUCGUCAAAAGGUGUUGACUAUCGGCGUCUUCGAGACAAUGGUUUUACCCAUUGAAGGUGCGGUACCUUAAGCGAAAUACUUUUUGAGCGAGUUGAAGUAACACCUUAUUUUAGAUGGAAGAUUGAAAUCCAAGGUCCUUGAAUGUUUUAUUUGAUUUGCGUUACAACUUGAAAGUUAAGUAUGAAUAUGGCCACAGUAAUACGAGUUUCUGAACGUU